GGUCUUGCGUCAUUUGUCAACAUCAAUUCACACUUGCAUCCUCCAAAACCCAACAAAAUUAAACAAGUCACGAUCCCAUCUCAACCCCCACUCUAUACCUUCCCAUACUGCUAAUUAACUCUCUAACAGAAAGAUUACGAAGCAUCCCUUUGCCUCUAAAUAUAAGCAGAAGUUGAAGAUCAAACUAAAAUCAAGUCCAAAAGAGACUUCAUUUUUCUCUUGGCGAGGUGUGAAGAAAGGGAGAUGUCAGCUGCUGUAGGGACUUCGUCAGCAUCCAAAGAAAUGGGAUUCGACAAUGGAAUGGAAAUUGAAGAGCUGAUGAAGAACAAGAUCAACAACGUGGAGGCCACUGGUAGUGAAGAAGAAGAAGAAGAAGAGGAUGAGGAGGAAGAGAAUGAUUCCAAGGUCAUCAAGAGUUUGAAAGAACUGGAUAUUGGUCCUCAAGUUUCUUUCAAGAAGCAGCUUGAAAAAGACAAGGAUGAUGACAGCUUAAGAAGAUGGAAAGAGCAGCUCCUUGGAAGUAUUGACUUGGCUUCUGUUGGAGAAAGCAAAGAAGCAGAAGUAAAGAUAAUAAAGCUGUCAAUCUCAUGUCCGGGGAGGGCAGAUAUUGUAUUACCAAUUUCAUCCAAUGCCAAGUCAAAGAGAAGUCUCUUCACUCUCAGGGAAGGAACCCAUUAUCGCCUCAACUUAUCCUUUGCUGUUUCCAACAAUAUCGUCUCUGGCCUCAUCUAUACCAACACUGUCUGGAAGGCUGGCGUUAGAGUGGACCACAAAAAAGUGAUGCUGGGAACUUUCGGGCCAAAGCAAGAGCCCUAUACUUGUGGGUUGGAAGAAGAAACCAUCCCUUCUGGCAUUUUGGCAAGAGGCUCCUACUCUGCUACAACCAAGUGCGGAGGACAGUGAAAGCUAAAUUGAUUUCGUGGAGUUGCAAUUACAAAUUUAGCCUUUGCCGUAUGGUUGGACCUUUGUAUGCCUUGGGCUUUCUGUCUUUUCACACCAGGGAGAUUUUUUUCCUCAUGCUGCGAGGGUUGUUGGCACCUUUGGUCGUGUUUGCUUGACGUUCUUGGUAAGCCUAUUCAAAACGACGCCGUUUGUCGGCUUCUCUUUCUAUUCUUGCUAGUCAGGGCUAACAGAUCAAGUCAAAGUUAAAAUAAAUAAAUAAAUGCAUGAGUCGAGCUCGGGCAACAAUUAAAACUUGAGCUUCGGUCAAGGAU